GGCCCCAGUCCGCAUGCUCAGUAGCCGCUGCCGGCCGGGCUGCGCCCGCCAGUCCCCGCUUCCCCGCUCCGGAGCUGCCGCCUGGGCCGGGGCAGGGCGGGCCCGGGGCUCCUCCAUGCUGCCAGCCGCGGGGCUGAGGAGCCGGCCGGGUGGCUCCUGCGAUGGCGGCGGAAGAGGAGGCUGCGGCGGGAGGUAAAGUACUGAGAGAGGAGAACCAGUGCAUUUCUCCUGUGGUUUCUAGCCACAUGAGUCCAGGGACAAGACCAACAGUUAUGGGAUCCUUCAGCUCACACGUGACAGAGUUUCCACGGAAACGCAAAGGAAGUGAUUCAGACCCAUCCCAGUCAGGAAUCCUGACAGAAAAAGUGGUGGAAAAGCUUUCUCAGAAUCCCCUUACCUAUCUUCUUUCAACAAGGAUAGAAAUAUCAGCCUCCAGUGGCAGCAGAAUGGAAGAUGGUGAACACCAAGUUAAAAUGAAGGCUUUCAGAGAAGCUCACAGCCAAACCGAAAAGCGGAGGAGAGAUAAAAUGAAUAACCUGAUUGAAGAACUGUCUGCAAUGAUCCCUCAGUGCAACCCCAUGGCGCGUAAACUGGACAAACUUACAGUUUUAAGAAUGGCUGUUCAACACUUGAGAUCUUUGAAAGGCAUGACAAAUUCUUGUAUGGGAAAUAAUUAUAGACCAUCAUUUAUUCAAGAUAAUGAGCUCAGACAUUUAAUCCUUAAGACUGCAGAAGGCUUCCUAUUUGUGGUUGGAUGUGAAAGAGGAAAAAUUCUCUUCGUUUCUAAGUCAGUCUCCAAAAUACUUAAUUACGAUCAGGCUAGUUUGACUGGACAAAGCUUAUUUGACUUCUUACAUCCAAAAGAUGUUGCCAAAGUAAAGGAACAACUUUCUUCUUUUGAUAUUUCACCAGGAGAAAAGCUAAUAGAUGCCAAAACUGGUUUGCAAGUUCACAGUAAUUUCCACACUGGAAGGACACGUGUGUAUUCUGGCUCAAGACGGUCUUUUUUCUGUCGGAUAAAGAGUUGUAAAAUCUCUGUCAAAGAAGAGCAUGAAUGCUUACCCAACUCAAAGAAGAAAGAGCAUAGGAAAUUCUAUACUGUCCACUGCACUGGUUACUUGAGAAGCUGGCCUCCAAAUAUUGUUGGAAUGGAAGAAGAAAGGAACAGUAAGAAAGACAACAGUAAUUUUACCUGCCUUGUAGCCAUUGGAAGAUUACCGCCAUAUAUUGUUCCACAGAACAGUGGAGAGAUUAAUGUGAAACCAACUGAAUUUAUAACCCGGUUUGCAAUGAAUGGAAAAUUUGUCUAUGUAGAUCAAAGGGCAACAGCAAUUUUAGGAUAUCUGCCUCAGGAACUUUUGGGAACUUCUUGUUAUGAAUAUUUUCAUCAAGAUGACCAUAGUAAUUUGACUGACAAGCACAAAGCAGUUCUACAGAGUAAGGAGAAAGUACUUACAGAUUCCUACAAAUUCAGAGCAAAAGAUGGCUCUUUUGUAACUUUAAAAAGCCAAUGGUUUAGUUUCACAAAUCCUUGGACAAAAGAACUGGAAUAUAUCGUAUCUGUCAACACUUUAGUUUUGGGGCAUAGUGAGCCUGGAGAAGCGUCAUUUUUGCCUUGUAGCUCUCAAUCAUCAGAAGAGUCCUCUAAACAAUCUUGUAUGAGUGUACCUGGACUGUCUACUGGAACAGUACUUGGUGCUGGUAGUAUUGGAACAGAUAUUGCAAAUGAAAUUCUGGAUUUACAGAGGUUACAGUCUUCUUCAUCCCUUGAUGAUUCAAGUCCAACAGAUUUAAUGAAAGCUACUCAUACCAUAAACUGCAGGAAUAUGUCAAAUAAGGAGUUGUUUCCACCAAGUCCUUCUGAAAUGGGAGAGCUAGAGGCUACCAGGCCAAACCAGAGUACUGUUGCUAUCCACAGCCAUGAGCCACUUCUCAGUGAUGGUGCACAGUUGGAUUUUGAUGCCCUAUGUGACAAUGAUGACACAGCCAUGGCUGCAUUUAUGAAUUACUUAGAAGCAGAAGGGGGCCUGGGAGACCCUGGGGACUUCAGUGACAUCCAGUGGACCCUCUAGCAUUUGAUUUUUGAUUCCAAAAAUGAGAAACAUUUUAAAGCAUUUCAUUUAUGAAAAACUUUCUGAACUAUUCCUCAGUACUGUAUUGAUAUUAUUUGUAUCUUUUAUUAAUGAUCUACCAGUUUUUAUAGAUUUGCAUCUUACUGUCACAGGGAUGUGAGGAAAAAUGUUUUCCUCCCAAGAGAACCAGAGUCUAUUAUAGACUCCUUUAUUCAGUGAAAUGGCUUAUAAGCCACUAAUUGCCAUAUUUUUGCUAAAACAUUUCUAACCAAGAAUACUACUUACAUAUUGUUUUGGCUUUGUUUUAUUUUUGAUGCAGUUUUUUUGAGUCAAGGUAAUGUAAUAUAUUGAUAUUU